GGGGAACAUUUGUGGAGGAGGAAAAGGGAAAGGUUUUCAGUAGAAGCCUUUGAGAGACUGUUUGCUUUGGCUGGGUUCCCUGCUUUUAUUUACUGAAUUCCAGAGGUGACCAACACAGAAAAAAAGUAAAAAAUGAAGUUCAUCAUUGGCAUAGGAGGAGUGACCAACGGUGGGAAGACCACUUUGACAAAUAGACUACUAAAGGCAUUACCCAACUGUUGCGUGGUGCAUCAGGAUGACUUUUUCAAGAAACCCGAUCAAAUAGAAGUCGGGGAGGACGGCUUUAGACAGUGGGAUGUGAUCACCGCUCUGGACAUGGAGGCUAUGGUCAACACUGUCAAAGGCUGGCAGGAGAACCCCGUUAAGUUUGCCCGCUCACACGGCGUGAGCCUGUCACAUGAAGUUGAGGAAGCCGGCUCUGUGGAGAAGGGGAUCCAUAUUCUCAUUGUGGAGGGGUUCCUCAUCUACAACUACAAGCCUCUUAUUGAUGUCUAUGACAAAUGUUUCUACAUUUCCAUUCCUUAUGAAGAGUGCAAAAGGAGGAGAAGUACAAGGACAUACACAGUCCCUGACCCACCCGGCCUGUUUGAUGGCCACGUCUGGCCCAUGUACUUGAAACACAGGAAAGAGAUGGAGGACAACUGUGACAGAAUAGCGUACGUUGAUGGGAUGACAUCGAAGGAAGACAUCUACAACAAAGUGUAUGAAACCAUCAACAACUCCCUUCUAAACAGCUUAUAGCAGGACUGGUCUCACUGGAUUUGUGUAUAAACUUGUAAAUAGAAAUUUGAGUGAAAGCGUAACAUCGGUUCUGUAGCUCAAAGCCUGAUUUGUAAAUAGAUAAUCAUGUAACAUAUGAAGAAGUAAUGGCAGAAGCGCCAUGUUUUGUAUAGUCCUCUGUAACUUUUUUCUUUUUCUAAAAAGAUAAGCCACCUCUGGACUCCCCAGUGCUUAAACACCAGAAACUCUGAUCUUGUUGUAUUUUUAAAUGAAAUAAAAUGCCCACUGUGUGGAAGGAUUGCUGUCUUCCAAUUCAAAGAAACCACUGAAACCA